AUGAGUCAACAGCAGGGGAGACAACCCAACCUUUCCUCAACACAAGAUGAUGCUUUGGCCUUACCAUCAACAGACACUCCGGUGGUAAGAAAAUGGAGUCAACGGCAGGGUAUGCAAUUCAACCCUUCCUCAACACAAGAAGGUGUUAUGGCCUUACAACGAACAGACCCUCCGGCGGUAAUGGAGGAGAACCAGCGACAGGGAAUUCAAUCCAGUUCUCCAAUAACACACAACCACAUCGGUUGUUCUGUAUCCCAGUAUGAUCUGUCCAACUCAUCUCACACUUCAUUGGGGAAUCCCGGACAUCGUGGCUGUGUAUCACAAGCAUCUCUUAGCAUCAGGAUCAAGCAGCUGAAUGAAGUGUUUGAGGGAAUUCACACACUCCACACAGCAGAAGAACUCCUGAAAAAACACAACCAUGUGGCAGUUUGUGGAGCUCCUGGCGAUGGGAAACAAGCAUUGCUCUCAAGAUAUGUGAGAAAUAUCUGCAAAAGAAAUAUGAAGUUGUGUUUGUUGAAAAUCUUGAAGAGUUUCAAGCAGAUACAAUAAUUCAACGACAGUGUGACAUGCUGAUUGUGUUUGAUGAUAUGUUUGGUUCUGUAGCAUUUCCAUCCCAUCUGCAGAAAAUCAAGAAAGUGUUGACCGCCCUGGCUGAUGAUAUAGUAAACAUCUCAGUCCAGAAGGAGCAACAGGACAAGAGGAAGAGAGAGCUGAAAAAUUGAAUGCAGACAAGAAGAAUGAGACUUUAGGUGAUGAUGAUUCAAAAAGCCUCUACAACUCCGCUUCAUCUUCACAUCUAGAACAUACAACUGGAAUGAAGGAUGUAACAGACUUCACCAGUUUAAAAUUAACCUCUUCAACCCUGUGAGUGUUAUUAAUAUGACCACAACUACUCUGACUACUAAGGAAAAGGAAUCUAUAAUAAAAUCCGUCUGGAAAAGAAAUCACAUGUUUGAUAUCUCCAGUCAGGACAAGAACACAAUUACACAAUUACAUGACAACGUGUUUGGGUUUCCACUCAUCUGUCACCUUUACUGUACCAACCCAGCCUUCCAGGUACACAAAAUCACUAACUUCUUUCAGAACCCUGUGACCUAUCUGAGAGGUGACCUUGACACCAUUAUCCGUGAAGGUAGCAGCAGAUCA